UGUUGCUGCUCGGGGGAAAACCAUGAACUCUUUUCCUGUCGCCAUGAGUCUUCUCGCGAGUCACGUUUCGGGGGUCACGUUACUCGGCGUUCCUUCGGAGGUCUAUCAGUACGGAUCCCAAUACGCCGCCUGCAUUUUCACAGCGACGAUCACGAGCGCUUUAACAAUCUACAUAUUUCUUCCGGUAUUUUAUAAGCUUCAGCUGCCGAGUAUUUUCGAGUAUCUGGAGAUCCGGUUUGCUCGACCAGUGAGAAUACUCUCGUCACUGUUUUACAUCGUUUCUUUAUUUAUCUACAUACCGAUCGUCGUUUACGUGCCCGCUAUCUGUUUUUCACAAGUCACCAAAUUCGACGUCCACGCUCUCGUUCCCAUACUCUGCCUUGUUUGCAUCGUUUAUACGAGUAUCGGCGGAUUGAAAGCUGUCGUUUGGACCGACACGAUACAAUUCAGUGUCACGAUCGGAGGUCUCUUGGCCGUACUUUUUUUGGGCAUCCAAUCGGCCGGCGGAAUUUCUAAUGUCUGGCGCAUUGCCGAGGAGGGCGAACGGCUCGUUUUUUUCAACAUGGACCCGAGUCCAUUUUUAAGGAACAGUUUUUGGAUGAUGACUUUUGGAGCGACGGCUAAUUGGGUGGCGCACGUGGGAAUCGGUCAAGGAUCCGUGCAGAGAUUUUUGGCCGUUCCAACGCAGAGACAAGCGAAAUUGUCAAUGGUCAUCACCAUGGCAGGCCAAAUAAUGGUGAAGUUCGUAACGGUCUUGACCGGACUCAUAAUAUACGCCAAGUAUCACGACUGUGACCCUCUGCUCACAAAGGUUGUCAAGAGGAGCGACCAAGCGCUGCCGUAUUACGUGAUGGACGUGGCAGGAAACAUUCCGGGUCUUCCGGGGCUUUUUUUAGCGGGUCUAGUGAGUGCAGCCUUGUCGACGAUGAGUGCAUCACUGAACACGGUGUCGGGAAGUAUCUACGAGGAUUUCAUAGAGCCGUGGGUGGCUGAGAGUGAAGCAAAGGAGGCAAAAGCAGCGAAAAUAAUGAAAGUAACGGUGGUCGUAGCAGGGCUAAUAGCAGGAGCGAUGGUCUACGUUGUCGAGCACAUGGGCACGGUUUUUCGAAUGGCGCACAGCAUGAGGAGCGUCGUCGACGGUCCCUUGCUGGGUCUUUUCAUUUUGGGCAUGAUGGUCCCCUGGGUCAGAGCGAGAGGGGCGAUGAUCGGUGGCUGCGUUUCUCUCGUCACGAUGGCCUGGCUCGUCGGCCGUACGCAGUGGUACAUCGCCCAUGGAAAACUGCAUCACGCUCCCUUGCCGACGUCGAUCGACGGCUGCCCUUAUCCGUUGAACGAGACUGUUUUACCCACGGCGAUUCCUUCCGAGCCUGAGGACGAGCCCGCCCUCGUUUAUCAAAUAUCCUUCAUGUAUUACUUCGUAAUCGGCUCCUCGGUCACCGUCAUCGUUGCGCUCGUGAGCAGCGCUCUCCUCGGAGAAAUUGAUCUCAGUGCCAUCGAUCCCGACCACAUCACACCCGCGGUUAGAAUAUUUUUACCCAAACAAAUUUACGAUCAGGUCCCAAUGGGCGAGACGAAAAAUGAAAUUACUAUUUCUGACAGCAAAGAAAAGCAGGAACGUUGAUCGAGGAGUCGUUUGAAUCGAAUUCGAGGCCGAUUAUAGAAAGGCUGCUCAUUCGAUGAAAAUACGUUUUUCGACUGGGGCUCACCUCGUUUCGAGCAAACGAGAAUAUAUAUGAGGAACAACGAAUGUACAAAUGUUGUUUUUAAUUCAGGGUUUUUUGUACUUUGAUCGUUACGAAAUGA